AUUAAUUAAUUCAAUAUGAGAGAAAUUGUUCAUUUGCAAGCCGGCCAAUGCGGAAACCAAAUUGGGGCGAAGUUCUGGGAGAUUAUCUCCGAAGAGCAUGGCAUUGAUUCAACCGGUGUCUAUUAUGGCGAGAGUGACUUACAAUUGGAACGCAUCAGUGUCUACUAUAAUGAGGCAUCAACAGCUUCACGCUCAUCUGGAGGCAAAUAUGUGCCACGUGCCAUUUUAUUGGAUUUGGAGCCAGGCACGAUGGAAGCUGUUCGUUCAGGUACUUAUGGCAAACUCUUCCGCCCCGAUAACUUCGUCUUUGGACAAUCUGGCGCUGGAAACAAUUGGGCCAAGGGUCAUUACACAGAAGGAGCUGAACUCGUAGAUGCCGUUCUCGAUGUUGUGCGUAAAGAGUGCGAGAACUGUGAUUGCUUACAGGGCUUCCAAUUGACGCACUCCUUGGGCGGCGGUACAGGUUCCGGCAUGGGAACUCUCCUCAUCUCGAAGAUUCGCGAGGAAUAUCCGGAUCGUAUCAUGAACACAUAUUCCGUGGUGCCUUCGCCAAAGGUCUCGGAUACCGUUGUCGAACCUUACAACGCAACGCUGUCCGUGCAUCAACUCGUCGAGAACACCGACGAAACGUACUGCAUCGAUAACGAAGCCUUGUACGACAUUUGUUUCCGUACUUUGAAGGUUUCCAACCCCAGCUACGGCGAUUUGAAUCAUUUAGUCUCCUUGACAAUGUCAGGCGUCACCACGUGCUUGCGUUUCCCCGGACAAUUGAACGCCGAUUUACGCAAAUUAGCUGUCAAUAUGGUUCCAUUCCCGCGUUUGCACUUCUUCAUGCCCGGCUUUGCGCCCCUUACGUCGCGCGGAUCCCGCGAUUAUCGCAAUCUCAGUGUGCCAGAACUCACGCAACAAAUGUUCGAUGCCAAGAACAUGAUGGCUGCCUGCGAUCCGCGUCACGGACGUUAUUUGACAGUUGCUGCCGUAUUCCGUGGUCGCAUGUCAAUGAAGGAAGUCGAUGAACAAAUGCUUGCUGUACAGAACAAAAACAGCAGCUACUUUGUCGAAUGGAUCCCAAACAAUGUCAAGACUGCCGUUUGCGAUAUUCCGCCAAAAGGAUUGCAAAUGUCAUCGACCUUUAUUGGCAACACGACAGCCAUUCAGGAACUCUUCAAACGCAUUUCGGAGCAAUUUUCGGCAAUGUUCCGUCGUAAAGCCUUCUUGCAUUGGUACACGGGCGAAGGCAUGGACGAGAUGGAGUUCACGGAAGCCGAAAGCAACAUGAACGACUUGAUUUCGGAAUAUCAACAAUACCAAGAAGCAACUGCUGAUGAAGAAUUCGAAGUUGAAGCUGACGAACAUGAAAGUGAGUGCGUUUAAAAAGGGCACCAACGCACAUUGCACAGUUAAUUUGUGUGACAUCACUCAAAAAAAAAAUGCAUUUUUUUCACGAGACAUGAAUUUUCACAUCAUUAUUUUCAUCAUU